AACAUUAAUCAUUUAAUACACAAUCCUGAACCCUUUCUCUUCACCAUCAUCUCCCACCCUUACCUUUGUUACUCUAAAUCUUCAUCAACCAAAAUGCUGGAUCCAGCCAAUGAUAUGUUGCCGGCCCCAUCAUCCCCCUCCAUCUCCUCCGUUUCAUCCUCCGAUCUCGACACCGAGUCCACAGGUUCCUUUUUCCACGAUAGAAGCACAACAUUGGGUACAUUAAUGGGGGUCAGUUUCCCGGCAAUUACUUUCCGACCUUCGCAACACCGCGAUGGGAACGUCACAACCCCUGCGUCGGUGGGGAGGACGAAGCCCAAGAAGCGAGGACUGCCGACUGCGGCGUUCGGGGCUGAGCUGCGGCGGCGUCGGAAGUGGAGGUGGUGGCGGCUGUGCGGGGACGGUGAUACGAAGCCAGCUUCGCUGGGGGAGUUCCUGGAGGUGGAGAGAAGGUUUGGGGAUGUAGCGUUCUUCGAUGAUGCGACGGAGCUUGAGGGCGCGAUGGAGAGUCAUCAUCGCCAUCAUCAGCAUCAGGAACAGCCCAGGAACGGACGGGAACUGUUCGCGGACGGGAGAGUGCUGCCGCCAGCAACCGAUGAUGAAGGGACAUCAACGGCCGGCGCACUUUGGAUUUGGAGAUUCCCCGUUUCCCUGACUGGGAUCUGUAGUGGUGGCGCAGGAUAAGAGUAUCUCACUCUCUCCCUUGUUCGUUUCUCAUUUCGAUAUUUUUUAUUUUUGUUUUUUAAUUUUCUUUUAGCUAUUUUAAGCUUUUAUCUCUCUUUUUAGAAAUUUAUUAUUUCAAGCAAUUACUUUGUCAAUUAUUGAUUUUUGAAUUUCUUGGUGUGAUUUUGGUAGGCAAUAUCUGAGUACAA